AUGCCUACAGGGACGAAUGUGGCGAUGAAGGUAUAUGAUAAAAUAAAGCUAUUGGACCCACAGAAACGGAAGGGUGUUAAGCGGGAAAUCAAGCUGCUGGAGCGGAUGUCGCAUCCCAACAUUAUUCAUUUCCACGAUGCUUUGGACUCUACUCGGCAAAUCUUCAUCGUCACCGAAUAUGCUGGUGGCGGUUCCCUGCAUGCUCUGCUGAAGCGAAAACCUGGUCGACGACUUGAUGAGGCCACUGCUGGGAAAAUAUUCUUGCAGGUCGCACAGGGUGUUAAAUACAUGCAUGAUAGAUGCAUUGUUCACAGGUGGGGAGGAUAA